AUGGCUGACUCCGAUUCUGACGAUUCAUUCCAUAGUGCAUUUGGAGAUGAUCAGGAUGAAGAACAACCUCAUGAACAAGGCUAUAAGCACCCAGAUGAGGCGACCGAAGAAGUAAUUCGAUCACGUGAUAAGACGGUAAUCAAAGUGAGUUUUUGCAUCUUUUUUAAAUCGAAGUAUAGGAAGAACCUGUCGAUCACAACAGUUCGGAACGAUUUGCCGAACCGAAAGAUGUUUAUGAAGAAAGUUUCGUCUCAAGCGACAAAAAUACACGUGAAAGGCUCCAUAUAGAAGAGAAUCUGAACGACGUUGAUAAGACCUUAACAUCCGAUAAUGAAAUUAAACCCUCGUCUGAUGGCUGGGAGGAAAAUUGGGGCGAUGAAAGCUCGGAUUCAGAUUGGGAAAAUUGGGGCGAAAAAGAAGAGGAAAGGAAUAAAAAACACCAUCUAAAACAUGUUCGACCGACAGUACAUGACAUUCCAAGCGAUUCUACAGAAGCUGAGGAAGAAGUGGAUAAAAGUAAGAAGAGAGAACGGCAAUUGGAACAUCAGAGUCAGAGUAUUUGGGAUUGGAGUGGUUUUAGUGAGGCGGUCAGUGCCGUUGGUAAGUUAAUUUUAUUAUCUAUUUUUGUUAUUUGAGGUGAUAAGAUAUCCAAUGUAGUGGAGACUGGGUUGGGACUCCCCGCACCUGAAGAAAUGGCCCAAUUGUCGAUCUCGGAAAGGAGGAAACUUCUCGAGGAAGCUCAGAAUGCAAAAGAGCCAGAACCGUCCCUAUCAUCUGAUGAGGCGACAGAGCCUCAGUCUCCUUCACCUUCAGGAAUACCAAACAUCCCGACCUCGGGCUUUGGCGGGUUAUUUUCUGGGCUCAUGAAUGGAGGAUUAGAUGUGUUAGAGAGUUUGGGAAAGAAGACAUUUGAGACCUUAACAGUUAAGGAUGAGGUGAGUGAGUAUUUUGUUUUUUUUUUUAAUAAUUUUCUUACCUUCAUGUUUUCAGACGGAACGAAGAAAGUUCUUUCUCUCAGCCGUUGAUUCUAGUGAUGCAAGUUUGUCCGAGAUGUUGAAGGAAGUUAAGAAAAACAAGGAUUUUGAGACAGAUGUAAAUCCAUCCAGAAAGGCCCGAUUUGGUUAUGGGAGCGCAAACUUGGAGAAUGCGGAAACAAAUUUCAUCACUUUGUUUGAGAGGAACGAAGGAAUGGUCCACUUGGAAGGCCUUGAAUUGAUCUCAUCUUCUCAGAAGCAACGGAUUACAAGUGAUUUCAACGAAGUGUAAGUCAACUUAAUUAAUCAAAGUAUAAGAGUCCUUUUUUAGAUUUGACGAAAAAAUUAAUGAAUUUAUUGUUGAGGAUGUGAGUGAAUGUGGAACCGAUGAUUUUGUAUACGAAAUGAAGAAGUGCCUAAGUGGAGUAGAUCUUCCUUUUAAAGCAGAUAAUGUGCUGAAAGCAGAUAAAGAGUUGGUAAAUGAAUUGGAGAAGACGCAGCGGACAGUUGACCAGGGGCUUGAAUCCGGUGUUGAGGUCAUGCAUCAGAAGGCCAUUCAGAGUUUGGCCAAGUUUACUGCACAUUCCAUUCAGGUCAGAGAAAUUCGUUGUUAACUACUUCGGUAUAUGCGAAUAUAUUUUCUCAUCAUGGAUUUCAGGCCUUGCACAAGAUAUCUCAACUUAUGUUAUUGCAAGAUGAACCUUCGGAUCUCGAGUCAGUGUUUGCCUUUACUUUCGUUUUAUGUCGUCGUCUUUCAUUUUACGCUUCUCAAUACGCAAACCUGCUGAGUGUUUUGGAUUCGUCAACAACUGUAAGUUUAACACUUUUAUUAUUAUCCUUGAUUUAGGUGGAUAAUGUAGUAACGAACAUCUUCUUCGAGUGCUCUAACGCCUGUCAUUACGUGAAGAAGGCGCUGUCAUUACUAAAACCCCUUUUUUGUAAAUAG